UGCAUUAUGACUACAAAUGAAUAUGAAGAAGAUGAAACCAUAAAAAAACCAAAAUACUUUUGCCCAGAACCAGAGACUUUAAUAUUUUGCAGUCCACCUGUUGACCACUCUUUUAAAAAGCUCUCUGAUUUAGCAAGUUACACUGGUUCUAGUAAAAAACCAAGGGUCUGUCGACUUGGUCGCCUUCCAGACAGAAGUUCAAACAACCGUUUUAUAUCCAGAUCCCUCUGGUUAAAUAAUAACAGAUUAAAAAAUUUAACUGAUUUGUACCCAUUUGUUGAGAAGUUCUUUGAUCAACCUGAAGCAUUAGGGUGGCUAGAUUUAUCCUUUAAUGAAUUUUGUGAUGUAUCUCCGGAAAUUUUGAAAUUUCCAAACUUGAGGAUCUUAUAUUUGCAUGGUAAUAAAAUAAAGGCUUUAACACCAUUGGCUACUUUGCGUGACGUUCCAACAUUACGAUACCUUACAUUACGUGGUAAUCCUGUUGAAAAAAUUUUGGCAUAUCGCUUGCUUGUUAUUGCAUUAUUACCUCAAUUGAUUUCCCUUGACUACGCUCUAAUAACUGAUUAUGAGCGAGGCACACGUAUACCUGAAUGUGCG